AUGGAAACCCUGAUGCGUGAGCUUGACAUCAUUGAGCGUGGCAAACUAUCCCGACGAAUUGUUAGUAUGAAUGAGUACUAUGUUAGAGCCACCGAUUUUGUCAUAAUACUGGAACAUGCCUGCGGUGGGGACCUCUAUUCCAUGACUCAUUACUUUGAAAUCAAUCCUUCUGUUGCCUUUGUAAAAUCAGCCGUUCAACAGAGCUUGGAGGCUUUGGACUUCCUACACGAGCGCAGUAUUGUGCACCUAGACGUUAAGCCAGAUAACAUCCUACUUCGACAACCGUAUCCCGAUUGUGAUAUCGUCCUCUGUGAUUUUGGUUUGUCCAAGUUCCUGAGCCAAGAGAAAGUGACUCGUGACUUGGUAGGCACUCCUGACUACGCUGCCCCCGAAAUCCUGGAUUAUAAUCCCAUUCACUUGACAACCGAUAUUUGGAGCAUCGGUGUAUUAACCUACUACCUCUUGACCGGAACCAGUCCAUUCUGGGCGCCAACAAAAGAACAAACUUGUGCAAACGUGUCACAACUUCUGCUUUCCUUCCCUGACGACCUUUUCCUUGAUAUUCCUCAGGCUGCCGUUCGUUUCAUCCAACGAAUUUUGGUGAAAAACCCUAAAUCCAUCCCAUCCAUUGACAAGAUGCCAGCAGUUAUGCCAAGAUUUACGGAGUAUCUCCCCGAAGGAAAACUCAAAGAGUUACGGGAUAUAGCAAAUGCAAUUGUGGCCCCCGGAAAGGGCAUUCUGGCCGCCGACGAAAGUGUUCGCAAACGAUUGAAGGCCAUAAAUGUGGAAAAUUCCGAAGAGAACAGACGUGCCUAUCGACAACUUCUGUUCUCUGCCGAUCCAGUGUUGGCCAAAAACAUAUCUGGUGUGAUUCUCUAUCACGAGACCUUGUACCAAAAAACCGAUGACGGGAUGCCACUCGUUCGUCUCCUUCAGGAUCGCGGAAUAAUCCCAGGGAUUAAAGUGGACAAGGGAGUCGUGAGCUUACCAGGCACUCCGGAGGAAUGCACCACGCAAGGUCUAGACGGGCUGAGCGAUCGAUGUGCACAAUACAAAAAAGAUGGAUGUCAUUUUGCCAAGUGGCGUUGUGUCCUGAAGAUUUCAGACCGGACACCAAGUUAUCUGGCAAUGAAAGAGAAUGCCAAUGUCCUUGCCAGAUAUGCAGUUAUCUGUCAGCAGAAUGGGAUUGUUCCUAUUGUUGAACCAGAAGUUCUCCAGGAUGGGAACCAUGACCUGUUCACUGCCCAACGUGUCACUGAGGAAGUCCUAUCGUUCACAUAUAAGGCACUGCAGGAUCACCACGUAUACCUGGAAGGUACACUGCUGAAACCAAAUAUGGUAACUGCUGGGCAGUCACACAGCCACAAAUACAGCGUGGAACAAAACGCUGUCGCGACGGUACAAGCUCUCCAGCGCACUGUACCACCCGCGGUUCCAGGAAUUGUCUUCCUCUCUGGAGGCAUGUCUGAAGUCGAGGCAACACAAAACUUGAACGCUAUCAAUGCUGCCCCUGGCCGUAAACCCUGGGCAUUAACUUUCAGUUUCGGGCGUGCAUUACAGGCAUCUGUGAUCCAGACGUGGGACGGCAAAAAAGCUAACGUGGUCAGUGCUCAACAAGAGUUGCUCAAGUUGGCACAGGCCAAUGGUGCAGCUGCUUUGGGAAAAUACGAAGGAAAUCUCCAGACGGCAGCUGGAGGACAGUCUUUGUUUUCUGCAAACCAUGCAUAUUAAAUCACUCGGAAAUGACAUUACUCCACCGAAAACAAACCAGGGGCAGAAGAAGACAACAGCACAAACAGCUGUGUUUGGUGCACGUUACUAUCUGCCAUCAAUUGUCAUCCAUUAAUUUAUUGCUGAACAUUUGCUUUAAGACUGGCCGACAAUAUAUUUCGCCAGUUCCGUCGAAA